AUUGAAUAAUAGUUAUUGUCAUAUUGAUAAUUUUGGGGGAGUGUUACGAAGGUUUGAUGAUUGCAAAAGCAUCCAAUUCCUUGUAAAAUUAAAAUGUCAAACGCAUGAGACUGGAUGUAUAUCGUUAUAAAUUGAAUCAACGAAAGGACGUAAACACUAUUAGACAAGUUUAAGUGCAAUAUAAUACUUAAACAAUGAAGACUAAUCUCGUAGCAAGUUUAACAUAUGUCAUCUGCCUUGUGGCAGCUACAGCACAAGAAACCAUUUGCGAAAUGAAGGACCACACCUUCUCGUGCCCUACGGGCCAGGUGCUCUACAUCACGAACGUGCUCUGGGGCCGCCUUCCACCGGCGCCAUCAACGCUGUGCAACCCGUUCAACACGAGCGUCGUUGGCGCGAACUGUAAGGGCGGCCCGACGGCGCUCCAAUACGUACAGAAGCUAUGCGAGGGGCAGCCCACGUGCUUAGUGCAGAACGACUGGCAGCAGCUAGGUCCCGACCCCUGCACGGGCGUCCCCAAGUACCUGCAGGUCAGCUACAUGUGCGCCGUUCCGACGACGACCACAUUGACGACGCAGCCAAUGAAUAGCACAACCACAACCGCAACCACCCCGACAACCACUGCGUCAACAACGCCAACAACCACCGUGAUGAUGACAACCAAAGUGCAGACAACCACAACUCCAACCACACCUCAACCAACCACCCCCGCGCCGACACCACAAGUGACUCAGCCCAAUUUACCCCCAGAAUGCCGAGCAUUAACUCAUUUCGGCAAUCUUACUAUCGAAUUGGCGCCAAAUACGUCAACGGUAAUUGUCAACACGACGGCAAGGUUUUCUUGUUCAACGGGAACAACGUUGAUUGGUUACACAUUAAUCAAAUGCAUGCCAGAUGGCAAAUGGACUGGACCAGAGCCAAAAUGUAUUGCAUUGCAAACGACUGCAAAACACUGUUCGAUCAAUGUGGAUACGAAACACAGAACUUGGAAUGAAACUCAACCUGGGGCGAUAGCUGUGGAAGAUUGUCCAAUUGGAUAUUCCGGGUUGGUAAGUCGGCAAUGCAGCGAGGAAGGCAACUGGCUCAACCCUUUCUACAACUGCAUAUCAAAAAUCGUUGCAGAAUUAAUUGCGACGGUUGAGGGUAUCAAACAAUCACCGUCUGCUGAGAAAAUAGGGGAAAGUCUAGAGCAGCUGGUUAAUGUUACAAAACCUGCGAACGGAUCAUCUUACAUCGGCGAACUUAACGCUAUUACUGACAUGUUAGAAACUUUAGCAAGCAUCAGUAACGUCAAUGAGGUUACGGAUAAGCAAGCUAAUUCAUUCUUUGCCGCAACCAGUAACUUAAUUGACACUGAUAACACCGACUCAUGGCAAUCAGAUGGCAGCAACUUGGGAAACAACGGGUCUCUAGACGGAAAUAAAGCGAGUACGGGUAGUUUCGGUGCAAUGAAAGUUGUAAAUGUGGUUAACAAGUACACAGAAGUUUUAUUGAGUUCCCUAGAAAACAAACAUGAGAGCAGUAAAACUAUACAAUCGGAUAAUUUAGUCGUACAUGUCGAAAAAGUAAACGUAACAGCAGCCGAUUUGAAAUUUCCAGAAGAGCCGCUCGAAAUUUCAAGUUCAAUAAUUCUGCCGAAAUCUUCAUUGAAUGGAUCAAAAUCCAUCUCAGCAGUUGUGUACAAAAGUUUGACAGGACUCGUAUCAUCAAAAUUGAAAAAUUACAGUGACACCACCAUCAAUUCAGAGGUUGUUACUGUAACCGUAGAUAAUUGGGAGAAGAAUGCGGAUUUUGUCGUAGACAUAACACUGGAGUACGCUCAGGACCUCCGUUCAGCCCCCAUUUGUAGUUUUUGGAAUGAAACCAUUUUUGCCUGGGACACCAUCGGAUGUCGGGUCCUUUCCUCCAACCAUUCAAGCGCAACAUGUCGUUGCACGCACCUUACGAACUUUGCAAUCCUCAUGAGCCCAGUUAUUCAGAGUAACGUUAAUACUAAAGAGCUCGACAUAAUUUCUAUAGUUGGCUGUUCGAUAUCGUUGGCCGGUUUGAUGUUGACGGCUAUUUGCCAUGUAUGUCUAUGGAAGUAUAUAAGCAAACGGCGUGCUGCUGUCUUGUUGAACUUGUCUGUUGCUCUUAUCAUUUCUUACGUUAUGUUUAUCGGAGGCAUCGACAAAACGGAAAACAAGAUAUUAUGUAAAGCGUUGGCGUCUCUAUUGCAUUACAUCUACCUUGUUGUUUUCUCCCUUAUGUUGGUGGAAGGUAUCGACCUCGCCGUGUCUGUAUUAAAUGUCUUCAAAAAUAGAUUGAAACUAAAACGGAUGCUGACCGCAGCUUGGGUUGCCCCUGCUGUGAUCGUCGGAAUAACUCUAGGUGUUACCAAGACACAAGGUUAUGGAAAUGAGCAAUCCUGCUGGUUGACAAUAAAAGGAGGUGUUAUCUGGGCCUUUGUUGGACCAGCACUGCUUGUCAUUUUGGUAAACUGUGUCACCAUUGUGAUUGCGAUAAGGACAACUCUUGGAUUAUAUGCCAUUGCCAGGAAGUCAACCGUUGAAAGAUCAAAGUCUGCAAUACGGUGUUUAUUAGUCCUACUGCCAUUGAUGGGGACAACUUGGGUUCUGGGCGUUUUCUAUCUGGAUGAAAGCAUGGUCUGGGUGCAGUAUGCAUUCGCUGUCUGCAACAGUCUGCAGGGUUUGGUGAUUUUCUUGUUCAGGUGUGCCUUUGACAAAAAGAUUUGGAAGGCAUAUUACACAAAACAACAAAGGUUGUCGACCGCGAGUAGAAAUGUCCUCAAAUCUAGGAGCACAUCAGUAACAUCAGUAACAUCGGUGAUGACGGAAAACAGCGAAGUAAACAUGACCGCACAAGACACAUAUGAAGACAACGGCCAAUUUAACAAUCAACAACAGCAAACUAAGACAUAGUCUAUUGCGACAGGGAACUUAAUGAGAAAAUGACUAUCGAAGUGACGCUUGAAAGCAAGUAAGAUGGGUAAACGGUAAACAGAGAUGGAACUUGCUAUAUACGCUCAUAAUUAUAAAUUGUACCAUAAUUACAAUACUACUGUGCCAAUUGAAUUAUUCGGUUCUUUUAAAUAGAUAUGCCAUGUAUAAGCUUAAUUAAUUGCACAUACCUGUUUAAAUUUGUUAUGGAAUUUUUAUCUGCAACCAUUUAAGUGAACACUCAUUCUGCUAUUAAUUAUGCCCUAGACAAAUUGUCUGUUAACAAACACAAUUCGUUUCGUUAUUCUGGAUUUUUAUUGAUUUCCGUUUCUGUCUGUUCAAUGUAUGUUGUUUCAUAUAAUUUAAACUCCUGUAUUGAACUAACAGAUAUUUGGCGGAGCAAGUAAUUAUCAUUAAUUUUUCUUAAUUACACAUACCUGUAUAAGACUGCAUAUUUAAAUUCAUUUGACACGAUUUUCGUGUCUGGGUUAUAACACUGUUUUUCCAUGUAUUCCAUAAGUUUGACUUGAAUUGUGGGACAAAGGCUACAUGGAACUUUUAAUUAAAUUUAAUUUCUCGGAUUGAUUAUAUUAUACAUAUAUGCGACAAUGUCGUUAACAAAAUAGAUUUUUACGUUUUAACUGAUUUGCAGAAUUAUUAUUAUCUUCGGUAAAUAUAUUUAUUUAUGACAAUGUUCACAUUUGACCUGAGUGCAUUUAUCAUAUCAACUGCAUAAAUGUGUUUAUGUACUAGGUAUUGCUCUUAAUUUCAAAGGCUAUUUGUAAAUAUUUUUCCGAAUUCAGUAAUUUUUCCGAUAAGUUAUUUUGAAAAACAAACUGUCUUAUGUAUGGGGUCAUUGUAAUAUGCAUAAGCACAGUCCGGCAUUUUCUAGGAGAUAAUUUGACAGAAAUGUCUUGAGUGUCGAACAAAAGGCUUUUUUGACUGUAAAGUUAGAUAUGGCAAAAAUUGUCAUCGCUUAACUUGAACAUUAUUUUGAAAAAAAAUCCGGUCUAAACUAUGCAAUUGUUGUUAGUCAAAUGUCAGCACAUCAUAUUCUAUUCGUCUUUGCAUUUUCAAUAAUUGAUUGAAAUCUUUCUUAUAAAAUACGGUCACUUAACAGUUGUAAUGAAUAAAGCCUUUUUGCAGUUUGCUAUUGUUCAUAAACGAAAAAACAAGGCGGGUAUGGAUGUACAAAAUGUGAAUUGUAUUUGGCAAAAACACUGCACCUAUAAUUCCGGUGUUGGAUUUACUUUUACGCCGGGCUGCAUGUAAAAUCCUUGUUCGUCAAGCAGUGAUGGAUUCUAUUACAGGGUAUACACUCAUUGGAAUAAUCACGAACUUUCAUGAGCAGAUAUAUUGCAACGCUUGGAGGUUCUGUGCACAAGAACCAUUGCUCUUGCUUUCAUAAUUGCACGUUUAUUUUAUUUAUUUUUAUGAAACAUAUGCCAUCUCCUUUUUUUUACAAAUACCUUUCCCUUAUUAAGUUAAUGAGUCUGUACUAUAUAUGCAAUACUUGUAAGCAUGACAUGCGGCUGGAUGUGUCGUGGGAAUAUUUGAGACCAUUUGUUAUGUUUAAUAUAUGUUUUCGCCCUUUUCAAAGGUAUAUCGCGAUGGUCAGUGAGACAACUCACACUUUUCCUUGUUCAUCUUGUGUACCAGUAUACAUGCCGACGGCAUGCGUGAGUUACUUACAACUAACCUUCGAAAAUCAAAGGUAGGAGCAUAAAUGGCCGUAAACCUUUGUUAAGUCAAAUUCCCUCAAGAGAUCAAAGGCCGAGUCAGGAAUCGUAGACCACAAUCCUCGUUCUGUUCGUUCAACGUCAUUACAACGCAGCUUUAGCCGGCCCGUUUGCUUUUAACGAUUAUCAUGUCCAUCUAUGUAAUAUAUAUCUAAUAAACAAAUUACAGAGCUUUUAGCACCUUGAACUGAAACCAGGAGUUCAGCUUCGAAAAAUCAUAAUAGCAUAAUGGUUGGAUGUGCAGUAUGUGUGUGUUUAACUUACAUGUGUUCGUUUCUCCGUUUACAAUAAGGAUGAUGUUUGAUUGUUUUCAUUUUCUUUGCUAAAGUGUGCCUUAAAAGUGUCCAAUCUAUAUAUUUGUAAUUACAUUUAUAUUAUGUUACCAUCCCCAUAAUCUGCAUUUCUUUCUGACUAUAAUUAUCGUUAUUAGAUAGAUGGUAUAUAAAGAAAUUACUUGUUUUCUUUUUUGAAUAUGUAUUUAUAAUCUCAACAACAAUCUUGAAAUGUGUAUGUCAUAUCAUUAUAGUUAUUAUUUUGCAUGUCAUUAAAACAUGCUUACCUUGACAGUAUAGUCUUUUCAAUUAGAUCAAGUAACCCAACGAAUGUAUCAUAAA